AUGCCGCCCAAACAUCUGCUGACCACCAAGAACACGUUCGUGGACUGCAGGUCGCCGUGGCUGGAGGAGAUCGAAGUGGCUGAGAAGCCCAGCUCCGAUCCGGGCCCUUGCACCGAGUCCUCGGCCACCUUGUCGGGGUCGUCAGAGCGGGUCUGGGCGGACGUCAUGCACGUUGUGGUCCGCUCGUCGCCCGCGGAGACGUCUGCCCCCGAGGGCCCUGCUGAGAGUUCGCGAGCGGCGGAGGAGGCGGAGGGGAGCAUUCGUGAGAGCCUUUCGAGGACGCAGCGCCGCCGACUGCAGCGCAAGAAUGUGCAAUAUGCCGCCAGUGGGACGUCGCCUGCCUCCUCGUCGGCGCGCGGGUCGGACCUGAGGGAGUCUUCGUCUUCCAAGGAGAGUCCAGUAAAUGAGCAGCACGCAGCAGCAGCAGCAGCACGCAGCACGCAGUAUAAGCAGCAGUUGCAGCAAGAGCCGCACCAGAGACGUCGACCCCGCAUGAGGGGCCCUCGCCUUCAGUGUUUGGGCCAUCUCCUCCUUCCAUUCUCCGCCUCCAUGCUGAUUAGUAUGUCCUCCCUUCUUCUCCUCAGCCUCCGCCUCUUCGCAGCUUGGCGAGAGGAUGCGGCGUCAGGGCAGUUAGGGCGUGUGCGGAAGUUACAAAUCCGAAGUUCUGUGCCGAUUCCCCAAACAGCUUGCUGA